AUGAGGGACUCAAAGGUGGUGCCGAGGCUGGUGCUGGCGGAAUCCGGCCGGAUCGAAGAACUCGAGAGCUUCCAACAAUAUGUUGCUAGGCAGCUUGGAUUCGAAGAUUCUAGGGAAUGCCCUAUCCUUUGCAAACUAGCCAAUGGUUAUCUGAGAAGAAGCAAUGAAUGCGAAGACAACAUUUUCGACUUUUUAUCACAAGAGCAAGAACAUGAAUCCCUGUAUGUGAAGCUUGUGGAGGAGUUGGAUAAAUGCAUACUAGGGUACUUUGCAUUCCACUGGAGCCAUGCUCCUUUCUUAAUUACUCAGGUUCUAAGUGCCGAUCACGAGCACAAAAUGAAGCUGAAGAACUUUGUAAUGGAGGCGACGAGGAACAUAAGAUUCGAGAGGGUGGCGAAAGACCUGAAGGUGACAAGAGUCUUCUCUACGCUGGUGGAGGAACUGAAGGCCAUCGGCAUCAUCCACCAAGAGGAGUUCCGCCGCUCGGAGGUCGUACUUCCGGCGCCAGCAGACGCCUCGGAGUACCGCAGUCCGGUUCUUCUACUUAUGGGUGGAGGGAUGGGCGCCGGCAAGAGCACCGUGCUUAAAGAAAUCCUCAAGGAUCCCUUCUGGUUAGCCGCCGCGGCAAGCACAGUUGUAGUGGAAGCUGAUCAAUUCAAAGAGAUGGACGUGAUCUACAAAGCCAUCAGCUCGAGAGGCAACCACAGCGACAUGCUCCAAACAGCUGAACUGGUGCACCAGUCAUCCACCGACGCCGCCUCCUCCCUCCUCGUGACCGCGCUAAACGAAGGCCGAGAUGUGAUCAUGGAUGGCACACUCUCUUGGGAACCAUUUGUCCGGCAAACGAUCACCAUGGCGCGGAAUGUGCAUCUCCAGCAGUAUCGAAUGGGAGUCGGAUACAAGGUUUCCGGUGACGGAACAGUCACAGAGAACUACUGGGAACCAGUGGUGCAACAGGAGGAGCACAAGAGCCCCCAAAGGAAGCCUUAUAGAAUAGAACUAGUUGGAGUCAUCUGUGAUGCCUACUUAGCAGUUGUUAGAGGAGUCAGGAGGGCUAUAAUAAUGGGGAGAGCAGUGAGAGUUCAAUCUCAAUUGAAAUCCCACAAGAGGUUUGCGAGUGCCUUUCCAAGAUAUUGUCGACUUGCCGACUCCGCGAAGCUGUAUUCGACCAACUCUAUGGGAUCUGCAAAGAUGACAGAGUGGAGAGAUGGAAGCAGAAAUUUACCGGAAGAUCGCGAUUGUAUCAACUGCUUGGAGAAGGUGAGCAAGUUGAAUGAAGACGCCGACUCGAUCUAUGAAUUGUACCCUGAGGAUGACACUGGUCAUGGCUCCGGGAGCAUUUGGGAUGAAAUCACAUCGCCAGCAAGAGCAGAGACACAGCAGCAACUGAAGGAAGCUGUGAAAAUAAUGGAGAGAUCAUUGGUGUAA